AAACGUAUACAACAAACAGGUGAUUUAUUGAUUGGACUGGUACACUGCGAUACCGAUACAACCACGUACGCCGGGUUGAGGAUACCAUCGAUCUAAUGGGGGAAUAAAUUUAGAACGGUCGACCGUCUGGCGGCUCGCUGACAUCGCUGCAAAUGUAGUAAGUAAACGAUUUAUUGUGAGUGCAGCGGCUUAAGCACGGAUCGUGUAACAUUAGAUGCUAGUAUCAGACGAAAGAAUGACGUGAAACAUACAUGUACAUCAUGUUGAUUUAAUACAAGAUUGAAACUGCGUACCAAUGUGAACACCCGACUGUCAACAUGUGAUCAGUCUGGUCCUUUCCUAGUGUCUGUGAUGAUGAUUCAAGGUGUCAGUUACAUUGUAAGAGCCAAGACCUGCGCUCUGUCACACCCUCAGUGAAGAUGCUCUUUCAUCCUCGUUGCCAUGGAGCCAACAUCCAACUCUCCAAAGAUGGCACUACAGCCACGCGCGUCAACGGCUUCAGCCACGCGAUUGUCUUUAGCAGUGAACCCUUGGAGCCCGGGCGGAGGGUGUCGUUUGAAUUCUGCAAGUAUGAGACCUGCUGGAAUGGUGCCUUACGAGUCGGACUGACCAAUCGCAAUCCAGACGGCUUAGACCCCGGUGCCUUACCCCAGUACCUCUUGCCCAAUCUAACUGAUCUGCCUGGCUCAUGGGCCAAGUCCGUCCCAGAGAGCAAGGCCAAGACAGAGAACCUCUUUUCGUUAUUCUACACACGAGAGAGGGUUGUACAGUUUUUUAUAAACAAUGAACAUCUACAGCAGUACCAGCUACCACAAGGAUCAGUCGAUGUUAAUAGACCCGUCUGGGUGAUACUAGACCUGUAUGGAUGGACAGUUUCUCUACGAUGUAUUCAACCUAUCAAAGAUGACGUGCCUUCAGAAGUCCUGGCCAGGGGGCCCGAGGCUGCCGCUGCAUUCCAAGUCGCCGCCAACUCUGGCACCAAGGCGGUGCACCGGACACGCCUGAUGAUCAUUGGCCAAGCUGGGGCUGGCAAAACCUGCCUUAGGAGAGCUCUACUCGGACAAAGUUGUGUGUCGGAGGAAACAUCUACCGGAGGUAUUGAUACAACGCAGCACUGUCACAUCAUAGAUCACGAUGGUAGACAUACCUGGCAAGAACAACCUCUAGAGAAAAAUGAUGAAGAGAAAGGAAAAGAUACAACCGCUGAAAUAGAGGAAGAGUAUGCACAAGCCAUUGCCUUGAAUAUCACACACGAACUGCUGAGGAGGAAACACAAGGAGAACAACAUCCUCAGCAGAGGCAGACAAGACGACAAUUCUAAGGCGAAAGAUGAGGGGGUAGAAGGGGAGGAGAAAGGAGUUCAGGAGGUGACCAAGGGGGAGGAGAGACCAGAUGAGACAAGGAAAGAGCAGGAGGAGGACAAACAAGAACCAGAGAUCAUCAGUGACCUGGAGGUGACAGAUUCUAACAGGAUGUCAGAGAUUGACUCGCCUGACCUCAGUGAUGGCAAAGACCACAUAUACCGUCCCAAGGGCGGAGUAGACCCCACCCUGGCAGAAUUCACCUCCUCUCUGGAUAAACUUGUCGCUGAGAGGGUGGCAGCUCUUGUAGACGAAUACUUGAAGAGGAGUGAAAAGAUGGAAGACAAUCUGAAGGAGAAAAUUGAGGAUGGAGGCCCUAGAAGCAUUGAUCUUAGUAUAUGGGACUUCACCGGACAGUCAAUGUACUAUACGCUCCAUCAGGUAUACCUGUCAUCAAGGGCUAUAUACCUACUGACCUUUGACCUCACCAAGGACCUGGAUGCACCCAUCCAGAGUCAUGCCGAUGGUUGCAGUGAGCAGGUGGAAUGGAGCCAGGGAAAGUUCACUAACCUAGACCACAUUGAUUUCUGGUUGCGAUCCGUCCAUGCGCACACGGCAGAGAACGCUCGCAAUGUGCCUGGUAACACGGCCCUGUCGCCACCCAUCUUUAUUGUUGGGACACACCGGGACGGUCUGGGAUCGGACCCAGCAGAAAGAGAUAGACUGGUGGCUGAUAAGUUUCGAGCGAUACGUGCUUGUGCACAAGGCAAGCCGUAUCAAUCACACAUCAUACCUACAUAUUUUGCCGUUGAGAACUGUGCAGACAACACAGAUGAGGAGAUUGUCAAGUUGAGGGAGUGCAUUGAGUCAGUAGCGACGAAGGAGCCGUACAUGGGAGAACACAUCCCACUCAAAUGGCUACGGUUUGAGCACAGCUUGGCUGAAGUGGUCAUGAAAGGCACCAACUACUUGCCCAGUGAAAAGAUGAGACAGAUGGCAGGUGAUGUGGGCGUGUCCUCUGAUCAGGGCGUGGCUACCAUGCUACAGUUCUAUCAUGAUUUGGGAGUGGUUAUCUACAACCCAGUGCCGGGGUCAUCGGAUGCAUCCCUUCAGAAUAUGAUCAUCCUCAGACCCCAUUGGUUGGUGGAGGUCUUCAAGAAAAUCACUGUGGCCAAUCAGGAGGAUGCUGAGUUUGCUCCAUGUUGGAAGCAUCUCCAGGAACAAGGCAUCCUAGAGGAUCGACUAGUAGACCAUCUCUGGGCAGAGACGUUGGAGCAGAAACCGGCUCUGCUGGGACUGAUGGAGAAGUUUGAUUUACUGUGCCGAGACCACAAGGCUAAGGGACAGAUGUUAUACUACAUGCCAUCCUGUCUCAAGGAAAUGACCAACAGAGAAGAACUAGUGACUGAUGCUAAGACUGCGGUGGUCUUCUACAUCACAUUCGGAGGUUUUCUACCAGUUGGUUUGUUCCAUCGCCUGGUGGUUCAUGCCUGUCGUUGGUCCCAAGAGCAUGGGGACCAGUCACCAAAGCUGACCUACAGACAGGCCCGGUUCUUUGUGGACGAGCAGCAGGACUUUGUCUUGGAGAUGGCGCCGGUACGAUUUGCUCGACUCAAGGUGACUGUGAUGAAGGCAGAGAGAUCAGAUGAGGGUGGAUCACGAAGGAUGUCAUCCAAGGGACCAGUAGGACAGAAGGCUUGUGCUAAGGUGCGUCAUUUCUUAGACUCAGCCCUGUCUGACCUGCGAGCCUCCUGGAUGAAGCGUCUGUCCCACUGCUUCUCAGUCACCUGCCCAUGCAGCAAACGCUGUAGCCUCCACGGCACGGAGGGAUGCAAACGCCCCACCUGCCUUCACUUCCUGAACCUGGAUGAGUGUCUAGCCAGCAGCUUUGUCAUGUGUGAACACAGACAGGUCAAGACCAGCACGUUCAGGAAGUGGUUUCCCAAGGAAAAGCCAACUAUAGUGCCUUUGACCCUGACCACACCUAGUCGCAAAGACAAGAUAACUGAAGACAACAUUCCACCCUGGGUGAAGGCUGCCAGCAAGUUGCUGAAUUCUGGAUGCGAUGGAUCAGAUUGGCUGGCGUUGGCUACAAAGCUAGGUUACAAGAAAGCCAAGAUCCAGAAGUUUCAAGAUGAGCUGAACCCCGCCCUGGUCCUUAUACUGGAUUGGAUCCAGAACAGUGGUAACACAGCCCUCUCCCUGGAGAUGAUGGUUUCUUAUCUAGAACAGAUGCAGCGAGAGGAUGUCAUUGAUGUCAUUCAGAAAGGUCAAGAAUCUAACGCCCCAGCACCAACUGUUUUCAUCAGCUACAAUUGGGGUAUACAGGAGGAGGUCUGCCUGAUGCGUGACCACCUAGAGAGGGCGGGCUUUCCUUGCUGGAUGGACAUUGGUCAGAUGGGUGGAGGAGAUGCCCUGUAUGCCAAGAUAUACGAAGGCAUCCGCAAUGCUAAGGCUGUCCUCGUCUGUGUGACUCCACAGUACGUCCUCUCAGAGAGCUGCAAUAGGGAGGUCUGUCUUGCCGAUCUCUUGAAGAAGCCUAUCAUUCCAGUCAUGUUUGGCAAGGUGCCGUGGCCUCCCCCUGGUGGGCUGGCACUCAUCUUCUCACGGCUGAUCUACGUUGAUAUCCACGGGGUGGGAGGUCACGGCGGGUCGGGACGCAAGGCUGAUAUCGAGACUAAAUACAAUGACAUCAUCAGUCAGAUCCGCCCGCACGCCAACCCCGUCGAGCCCAAGCCAAUUUUACAGAUUGAACGGGCUGGUUCCGAUCACUGUACAGCAGAGACUGCCUCGGCGAAUGGUUCCCAGACUUCACAGCCAUUGUUGCCUUCGUCACGCGUGCAGCAACAGCAGCAGCAGCAACAGGGGCAAGACGGCGAGACGGCUGAGGGAGAGCAACGACAGGCCCCACGGGCUGCAGUCACUAAUUGUGUAGUCUGUGCCAUACUAUAAGCAGUUUCAAGUUUCUUGUGUAUUGAGUCGGACUCUGUGUACAGGUACUACAUAACCCCUGAGGACAGACACACAAAGGGAGAACAACAGAUCCUUUCAGUCCUUGGGUGUUGGGUCUUUUGUUGAAAACGGUCCUCGAUCGUAUGGUUAUGUGCUUAGUCUAUGGGAUCGUGCUAUAUUACGGGGACAAAGGGAAACACAAAGCAUUGUCCUCAGGUGUGUAGUAAAACACGACUGUAUGCACAAGUACACCUCACUCAGUUACAACCAGAGGAGAAGUUCAAGCGCUCUGGCACUGUAUGCCAAGCACUUGCGCGAAGUUUGAUACAGAGUUAUGCACAAUUAAUCAUACAUACUUCAAGCCAUAUGUGUGCCACCCAGUGAACGUACACACAGUGUAACCUGUCACGGAGCUCUCAGGAUUGUUCAUGACGGGCCAGCUGCUGUUCAUGCAUGGCGUCCGUAGUGUCUGGGAUAUUGUACUCUUGGCUAGUUGAGCCAAUUUACACUAUAAACUCUAGAUUCAGACAAGCAGCUUGCAUAGGCUGUACAGCAUACACAAGUCACUGUAUGUGACUUCAAGAGGAAUUUGACUGUAAUUUGCACAGAAUCCCUCACCCAAAGACUAGAGCUAGAACAGUCACUGAAAAGACAUUGUAGCUGACAUGACGUGACUGCUGUAGUCUAGGUUAGCUUAACAAACAUAGCUUUAAUUAAUGAACAAAAAAAGUGAGCUUAGGAAAUUUGGCAAAGGACAAAGGAAAGUUUGCCUGUUUCUUAAAAUUUUAUUAAGGGGUUAAGUGCAAUAGAUGAAAUUUCCAAAUGACGCUUGCAGGAGCCUUGUACAAUUUGACCAAACUUGAGCCCAUCAAGCAGAUUUGCUUUUGAUUUGUAAAUAAGGUCCGUUGUGUAGUCCACAUAAUCAGUAUAUGCAGUUCUGUGCUGUGAUUUGAAAUGUUUUGAAAUUUAGCAUGGGAACAUUUGCUCACUCAUCGAGUGCAGUAAAGUCAUCAGUUUUGGUUUCGUAAAAAGGACAGACACUUCAGGGCAGGACUGUGUCUAGAAGUUGGAGCAAAAUUUGUAAACAUUUUUUGAACCCCUGAAGAUUGGAUCAGAUACAUAUUUAAGUGUCUGAAAUCUACUAAAAACUCUAUGGUACUUAUUUUGAAAUAAAAAAAAUAUUUAUGAUUCUCUGAUUGAAAUGAACGCAACAACUGAGAUAACAUUUCAAAUCGGAUGGAAUCUUAAAACAGUCAACACUGUUAGUUUCUUUAUAACGUUGCAGGUCACAUUUUCGAGCUUUGCUAAGUACAAGACUGAUUUUGCAGUAUUUAUUGACGAACAGAAAAUUCCACGGCCUUGUUGAAUCUUGUUGAGUACCAUGGCCUCUUGUGGGUAAAUUCACAGGUUGUGGGUUCGAGUCCAGCCUGGGUUUGUGGUGCUUGUGCCCAUUGGCAAGACACUUUGUCACUCUUUGCUUCUCACCACCCAGGAGUAAAUGGGUACAUGUGAGGGCAGAGAUGGUCAUGUGUUUAAUUUAGCCGAUUGUACCGAUAUGGCAGCAUUCAGCUGUGUGCAUUGUACUCCCCAGGGAUAGAUAGUCUUUGGAAUAUUUUCAUUGAUCCGGUUAGCUGGGGUAUUAAUAUUGUACCGCGCCAUGAUUACCUUUUUGAUUGAUAUCUGUGCUAUAUAAAUCAACAAUAUUAUUAUUAAACCACUACCGGUACUUAUAAGAUUGUGGCACAAUCUGUGGGGAAACUCAAGAUUUGGGCCACAGUGAAUCAGGUUUUAACUUUGAAUCAUGCAUUGCACCCUUUGAAAUUUUGCAAUCAAUCUUUAUUUUUCUGAGGAAGACAAUUUUAAGGUAUUAAGUAUUUUAUCGAUUAUAUUUUUGACCUUGAUUUUUUUUUGGGCCUAUAGGUAUGUCACAAAAAUGUACUUGGUACUUGCAUUGUAUUUUACCCAGUUGAAAAAAACUACUGAUCAUUCCGAUUUUCAUUGCAUUAAGGUUUUAUAAAGAAGAACAAAAAACAGUGACUAAUGGUUUCUUACUUCGAAAGAUGUGCCUUUGUUGUAAAUACCUGUAUAAUACACCUAUAUUUCUUCAGUGCAAUAGAUGGUUAUGUAAAGUUCAUUGUAUAGCUUGUACAGUGCAAAACGUCUGCUGUUGUGCUUUUGUAUGGUGCUUUGUACACAAAAAAUGUGUUAUAAAUUUUAUGGAGUUUUGUGUGGAGAGAGUGUAGGGUUUUAAAUUGUAUGCUUGAUAUUGUAGGAAUAGCAUCAUAAAUAAGUUUUGGGAUGUGUACUGUGAUUGAUUUUUCUUUUUAUGACAAUUUAUCAAUAUUUUGGGGGCAUUUUAAAGAAUUUACACCCGACAGUCUUAUGCAGGCAUUUUAAGCAGUGGGCUUGGUCUAUGAGUAGAGUUUGAUGUUAUUCCUGUAAUACAGCCAGACCCCGACAGUUGUAGAGCCACCUCAGCAGUAAAGGUCGCUAUCGUCAGGAUGAUUGAAAUGCAGUCUUGGGAAGUUCGGCAGGGCUACCCAUAGAGUUCAAAGCACACCUCACACCCGUGUAUUAGCUUGAAUGCAGCGUGUGUGUGAGGUGUGCUCAGAAAUGUCUGCAUCUUUACCAUACUUGUCACGGACCGGCUGUAUUUGGGGAACAGACCAUUAUCAUGUUGCAGCCGUUUGAUUUUUUCCUAUUCAAAUCAAUGUAACCAAAGGCUGGAAGGAAAAAUAGUCUGGUUCCCUUUUGCACAAAAAAAAUGAUCAUUCAGUACUGUUAUUGGAUACAGGGAACAUGACUGAAAUGGUGGCAGCAUGAUAAAGGUCUGUAACAUGCAAAUCCAGUCUUGGAUCAAGGCUAUCUAUGCAGUGGACUGCUUGGCUUCAUGUUGGGACUUCAAUGCUGGAUAGAUUCAAGAGUUACUGUGUUUAUCAUGAUAGAUGAUUAUUACUACUUAAAAGAGUGUGUAUGUUAUCUAAACCCUCUGGAUAAGCCCUCUCCUUUCUUAAA